AUGAUCGGAACCCUAAUCCUCCCUGCGGCAGCAUGCCUUCGAUUUUCUCCGGAAAACACCGUACAAUUCGUGGAGACAGCAGGAUCUAACCGUAAAAAGUCGAUUUCCGGCCGGAUUUCUUAUAAAUCAGCGAUUCACGCAGCCGUUGCCGAGGCGCCGGCUGUGGAGACUAGAAUGCCUCCUGCGAGCCUCUAUGACGUACUGAGAGUGAGGAGGAAUGCAUCGCCGAUUGAGAUAAAAAUGGCGUACCGGAGCUUGGCCAAGAUGUACCACCCUGAUUCGUCUCAUUCGGUGGAAUCGGACGGCCGCAAUUUCAUCGAGAUUCACAACGCAUACGCCACGCUUUCUGAUCCGGAGGCCAAGGCGGUUUACGACCUGAAGCUUAGUAUAGGUUCACGAGGGCCACCUGUUGGGUACCCGUAUCGAUCUGGGUACUACCCGACCCGAAGAUGGGAGACGGAUCAGUGUUGGUAG